GCCUAUGCCACUUGCUACUAAUAACCGCACUGUGAAAGGGCUGUUUAUCACCUAAUUUACUUAUCACUUGAACCCACAGCAUCUUGUCAGUUGUUGCAGUCUGCAGAUUUUGAGACUGCUGUAGUGGGACUUGAUGUCUGUUUUUGUGUCCAUCCAUAAAUAUGUGAUAGGCAAAGUUAUUGCCCCACCCCACUUAGUUUCUCUUGAAACAGGUCGCAACACCCAGUUACACGCGAGUCAGGCUAUUUGCCCUUACAAGUUAUCACAUUCAUUGCUGAUUCCAUCCAGUUUCGCUAUUAGCAGAGUUGUAAAUUGCAGAGACCAAAAGAUACUGAAUUUGUGAAAAUGUAACGGAACAAUCAGUGCCUGUUUAAAGGAGCUUUUGUGUCUCAAGUGGCAACGAGCUCUAUGUGAGCCAGGAGAGGCUGUUGGGCUCCUUGCUGCGCAAAGUAUCGGAGAGCCGUCAACACAGAUGACACUGAACACUUUCCAUUUUGCUGGCAGAGGAGAGAUGAACGUCACAUUGGGUAUCCCCAGGUUGCGUGAAAUUCUCAUGGUGGCGAGUGCUAACAUUAAAACUCCAAUGAUGAGCAUUCCUGUGUUGAACACAAAGAAAGCAUUGAAGAAGGUUAAAAAACUGAAAAAGCAGCUCACAAGGGUGUGUUUGUCAGAGGUUUUACACAAAAUUGAGGUAAAGGAUUCCUUCCAGGUUCAAAGCAGGCUGGAGAAGUUCAGAAUUUACCGAAUAAAAUUUCAUUUCCUAGCUUACAAUCUGUAUCGACAAGAGAAGUGUUUGACACCAGAUGACUUAUUGCACUACAUGGAAACAAGGUUUUUCCCAUUGCUCCUUGAUGGUAUCAAAAAGAAGAGUGCCAAGCUGGGUUCAUUUAAAGUUGUCAAUGUCAGGAAAGCCACACAGAAGGAUCUAGAUCAGGACGCUGGAGAGAACGAUGGGAAACAG